ACAGAUGUGAGUGGAAUUGGCACCACAUCUUAUGUUUGAUCUAUGAUAUUAGCAAGUUAUAUAUAUGGAUAUAGUAGAUCUGUACAGCUAUAUAUUUAUGCUCACAUACAUUUAGUAGCUCAGUAUAGAUAAUAAUAUGGAGCUUGUAGACAAAGUCACAAUGGUACUGUGCUUGCUGUUGCUGCUUCAGGAGCCCGUGGACAGCAAUCAUUGCUCAGCUGCUAUUUUAAAGGGACCGUCUCAGCUGCUGGAAGAAACCACAGGAGGUACAGCUGCCUUCACAUGCACUGUGUUUGGUGCCACUGAUCCGAGAACACAGUCAUCCCGUCCUUGUCGGUAUCUCUUCAAUACAGGAAAUUUCAACCCUGUCAGAAUUUUCUGGAAUAUACAAGCACCUGGUCUUGACCUCUCUCUUUUGCAAGGAGACUUGCAAAUGAUAUUUUCAACUUCUGAUUUACUACCACAAUUACGAAACAAAGGAGUGAUUAUUUCCACAAACUGCUUGAGUAGAAUCUUUUUUGAUGACUACAGACGCCAGGCUGAAGAAAGAUUAGCCUCGGAGCCGGCUGAUUUUUGCUUGAAUGAACUGUCCUGUAGUGGUACUAUCGCCAUUCCGGUGAAUAGUGUUGCCAACAACACUAAAGUAACAUGUGGGGUAUAUUCAACUGAGUGCAGAGAAGACCCUUCCAACUUGGAGAAUGACGAGGUCUUUGUAAGUAAUGAGGGGAGACUGGUAGUUCGAGAGUCUCUGUUGCAUAUACAAGUCUCAACUAGCCCUGGAGCAGUAUGUGUGCAGUGCUUCUUUACCUACAAUUCAACUGCAGUCGGUUGUCAUGUUAAGAUUCGACCUCAGUCGUUUGCGAGAAAAAUGGUUGCAUUCAAUGUUUCUGUUAUUGAUGAUUUGGCUCGAAGCUGUACAAGAGGACUGGACAACGACACGUACACAGUGACAGCUGUGGAAAUUGAUGCAAGAGGCAUGAUUGGAACGCGAAACAUUAUCGAGGUUAUCUAUGUUGAAAGAGAGACUGAGAUCGACAAAAUGUGGCCAACUGUAUCCAAUAAUGUGACUGUUGCCGUGGAUGUACCUGUAGUUGCUGGACUUUUGGGAGGAGUGGCGCUACUUUUGUUGGUAACUAUUGCUGUAGGUUCAGUUCUGGUGAGGAGGAAGUGUGCUAAAACUUUAGGGAGUAGCUUGUCAAGUGACCAAAUUCGAGGAUACUCUAACCACUCAAAUAGAGCCACACCCGUCGAAGAACUUUAUGAUACGCUAAGUACACCCACUCAUGAAUACGAGUAUCCGAGUGAACAUAACGGCUCAUACGAUUAUGCCUCAGAGUCUUACGACGCUAGGCUAAAUAGUAGGCCAACAACCGGGCAUAACAGUGAUAGUGAAUAUGAAAGUAGGAGACCGGUCUCUUACGUCAACGUGGACAAACAUCAGUACAUUAAUGGUAACAUGUUUUCGAAAACGAGAAGUCUACCAGGAAGCGGUCAGUUAGCCUCUUCACCCAUUUAUGGAAAUGUCAACGAAAUUUCCAAUACUGGUUACCUAGUUAUUCUGCCGGAUUCCUAUCCGAUUGGUACAUCAACGGGCGAGGCUGAAAUCUUUACAAAAAAGUGUGUUGCUUAUUCAAUGGGUGAGGCUGAAAUCUUUACAAAAAAGUGUGUUGCUUAUAUAUAGUUAUAAAACUGGCAGACCAAUUAGUUUUUAAUUUAUGGUUGGCUAUUUGUAUAUCGAUUGUGUACAGUACAUGCUUUAUAAUUAUAAUUAUUUGUUGGAGAAAAAUCGGCCCUG